CCUUUCCCAGUGUAACCUUAACCGGCAGCUGUCUCCAGCGCCAGCGUCCCGGAGCUGUGACAGCGGGGACACGGCUCACCCUGACCGGCCCCUGGUGCAGGUGAACCCCCCGAACGGGAGCCCCCUUUCCCCGGACUUCGUUCAGUGACGGACCGCCGCCGGUGGGCGGUUCUAGCCCUGCAGAAUGUGGGGCGUUUGUAGCCGAGUCGCGCUGGGGAUGGUGAAGCCCUGCUCGCUCGUCAAGCCAUGCCACCUGGUGAAGCCCGUGUCGGCCGGCCGCCUGGCCGGCAGGUACCUGAGCCACCAGCGGGGGCUCCCCGGCCUGCCCGUGCCCCCCCUGCAGCAGACCUGCCAGCGCUACAUCACGGCCCUGGAGCCCAUCGUGGAGGCGGACGAGCUGAAGCGCACCAGGUCGCUGCUGGAGGAGUUCCAGAGGGCGGGGGGCCUCGGGGAGCGGCUGCAGAGGGGCCUGGAGAAGAGAGCGCAGGGCUCGGAGAACUGGCUCUCUGAUUGGUGGGUUCAGGUCGCUUAUCUGGAAUACCGGAUGCCUGUGGUGGUCCACUCCAGCCCCGGCCUGGUCCUGCCCCGCAUGGACUUCACUGACCAGCAGGGACAGAUAAAAUUCGCAGCCAAACUGAUCGCCGGCGUUUUGGACUUCAAGACAAUGAUUGACAAUGAAACCCUCCCGGUGGAGUUCCUGGGAGGAAAGCCCCUGUGCAUGAACCAGUACUACGAGGUGCUGUCGUCCUGCCGGAUCCCCGGCCUGAAGAGGGACUCGGUGGUGAACCACGCCAAGAGCCCCGCGCCUCCCAAGCACAUCACCGUCGUGCACAACUUCCAGUUCUUCGUGCUGGACGUGUACCACAGCGACGGCUCGCCGCUGACUGCAGACCAGCUCCGCGUUCAGCUGGAGAAGAUCUGCAGAGCGUCGGCUCCGGCCGGCGCCCGGCCGCUCGGCAUCCUCACCACGCAGCACAGAGACUCCUGGGGCAAAACCUACCAGCUCCUGAUGCAGGACGAGACCAACCGGGCCUCGGUGUCGGCGAUCCAGAGGAGCAUCUUCACCCUGUGCCUGGACCCCGCCAGGCCCCAGACCUCCGGGGACUCGUACCGCAGUGCAGCCGCCGUCCAGAUGCUGCACGGAGGGGGCAGCGGCGGGAACAGUGGCAACCGCUGGUUCGACAAGACGCUGCAGUUCAUCGUUGGAGAGGACGGGACGUGCGGCGCUAACUACGAGCACGCCCCGGCCGAGGGCCCGCCCAUCGUGGCCCUGAUCGAUCAUGUCGUUGAAUACACGAGGAAGCCGGAGCCGGAGCGCCGUCACUCGGCGUCGCUGCCCACGCCUCAGAAACUCCACUUCAACAUCACGGCGGAGGUCCAGAGGGACAUCGAGGAGGCCGAGCGCAGCAUGGACACCCUGGCUCAGGACCUCGACAUGAGGGUCAUGGUUUUCGGCCAUUUCGGUAAAAAUGUCCCAAAGAGCCACAAGAUGAGUCCCGACGCCUUCGUCCAGAUGGCUCUGCAGCUGGCCUACUACAGGAUGUACCAGCACUGCUGUGCCACCUACGAGAGCGCCUCCCUGCGGAUGUUCAGGCGGGGCCGGACCGACACCAUCCGCUCCGCCUCCAGCGCCUCGGCCGCCUUCGUCAAGGCCUUCGACGGGCCGAGGACGCAGAACACAGAGAAGGCCGACCUGCUGAAGAAAGCCGUGGCGGCCCACCGGUCCUACACCAACAUGGCCAUCAGCGGUCAGGCCAUCGACAGACACCUGCUGGGCCUGAAGCUGCAGGCGCUGGAGGAGAAGCUGUCGGUGCCCGAGGUCUUCACGGACGCCGCCUACGCCAAGGCGCUGCACUACCGGCUGUCCACCAGCCAGGUUCCCUCAAAGACCGACUGCGUCAUGUGCUUCGGGCCGGUGGUGCCGAACGGCUACGGCGUGUGCUACAACCCCAUGGACGACCACAUCAACUUCGCCGUGUCGUCCUUCAACUCCUGCCAGGACACGGACUCGGCCCGGAUGGCCCGGGCGGUGGAGGCCGCCCUGCUGGACAUGAAGACCCUGCUGGACCAGACCCCCCAGGCCAAGCUGUGAGGGGUCGUGACCUCCGAGUCCUUCAGACGCACCGAGGCUCUGCCGCUCUGAGCCGCCGUUCAGCCUCUCGCCGCCUCACCGAGCACUUUGAGUCAGACGGCCGUCCGAGCCGAGCGGCCCGUCUCCCCACGAGCACUUUCUCACAGUGAACCAGUGACCUUUGACCCACAAUCAGUCCUUCACAGAGAGUCUGAACAUUUCACUUUAUCUUCAUUUCAGGGACAAAUCCAGUCUGACACCAAGUGCUUUAAACAAUCAAAAAUGAACCGUACGCACACAGAGAUUGAAAUAUAAAUGCCAGAUCUAACAUGUGGGACUGGAACAAUAAGCCAGAGUGAAGCUGUUUCAGUUUAGUCGUAGAGUCACAAAUUAAUCUUUUUUCCUGGAUUUAGACAGUAAAACACAUGCUUUCCUUUGACGUCAUGGUCGGAGGUCGUUUAACAGUCUGAGCUAAACACACACAAGAUGCUUCACUCUGACUCAUUUCUCCAGUCUCAUAUUUUAGGUCUCAGACACUGUGUGAGUGAGAGACUUUUAUUUUGUUGAACAGAUUGUGCUUUUUUUAAGGAUUUACACUGAUCAUCUUUAAAACACUGACUGAGUUUACUUUUUAUCUGCAUUUCGAGCACAGACGAGUCGCUUCCUGCUAAAGUUUACCACUGAGCUGCUGACUUUUCACACUUUGGCUGAGAAUCAACUGAAAGUGAUUUUACUUUCUCCACAAAGACUCCACAGAUCUGAAGCACACCACUAUGACCCACUGUCUCCUUUUGUAGUUUAGAUUUUCAAAUUGACUGUUGAACAGGACAAACUGAGCUUUUAUUUUGACACGAUGCUGAGCUGGAGGGAUUGUUUUGGCCAGUACAGGAUUCACUGUUAGUUAUUAAAGAUUUUUCUGUGGUUAAUUUCGCUGAAGAUUGUUUGACAAAGAGAAAUUCUCUGAAGCUGACGAUAACAUAUCAGAGCGUUUGACUCUUGGUACAUUAAAAUCUGUUUCCUUUG